UCCGCCGGCCCGGCUUCCGGGGCGCGCGCACGGGCUGCUGGGGGCGUCUGUUGGCCCGGCCUCGUGCAGCUCCCGGGCGGCGCCGAGCCCCUUCUCGCGGCCAUGAGCGUCGGCUUCAUCGGAGCGGGCCAACUGGCCUGUGCGCUGGCGCGGGGCUUCACAGCCGCAGGCAUCCUGUCGGCCCACAGGAUUAUAGCCAGCUCGCCGGAAAUGGACCUGCCCACGGUGUCCUCCCUCCGGAAGAUGGGUGUGAACCUGACCCGGAGCAACAAGGAGACGGUGAGGCACAGUGAUGUCCUGUUCCUGGCUGUGAAGCCCCACAUCAUCCCUUUCAUCUUGGACGAGAUUGGGGCCGACGUGCAGGCGAGGCACAUCGUGGUCUCCUGUGCCGCUGGUGUCACCAUCAGCUCGGUGGAGAAGAAGCUGACGGCAUUCCAGCCGGCCCCAAAGGUGAUCCGCUGUAUGACCAACACGCCCGUGGUGGUGCGGGAGGGCGCCACGGUGUAUGCUACCGGCACCCACGCGCUGGUGGAGGAUGGGCGGCUCCUGGAACAGCUCAUGAGCAGUGUGGGCUUCUGCACAGAGGUGGAGGAGGACCUGAUUGAUGCCGUCACCGGUCUCAGCGGCAGCGGGCCUGCCUAUGCAUUCAUGGCCCUGGACGCACUGGCUGACGGCGGGGUGAAGAUGGGCUUGCCUCGGCGCCUGGCUGUCCGACUGGGGGCCCAGGCCUUGCUGGGCGCUGCCAAGAUGCUGUUGGACUCGGAGCAGCACCCUGGCCAGCUGAAGGACAACGUCUGCUCUCCGGGGGGGGCGACCAUCCAUGCCCUGCACUUCCUAGAGAGCGGGGGCUUCCGCUCCCUGCUCAUCAACGCCGUGGAGGCCUCCUGCAUCCGGACACGGGAGCUGCAGUCCAUGGCUGACCAGGAGAAGGUCUCCCCGGCUGCGCUUAAGAAGACCCUCCUGGACAGAGUGAGGCUGGAGACCCCCACUGUGCCCACGCUCGCCCAUUCCGGCCCCGGCAAGCUCCUGACCAGAGACCCGGCCCCCGCAGGCAAGAAGGAGUGAGGCUGCCCAUCCCGGAGGCGGGCCGUGCAGGGCCCCAUCAGGCUCUGGUAGUUUGUGGGGGGGAGGGCGGGCCCUGCUGACUCCUGAGAUGGUGCAGAGCAGGCCGCGCCCCCAGGAAGAUGGUCAGGGGAGUUGAUGCCGGCAGUGGCAGCUAGUUCUGCCUCUCCCGCCUUGGGGAGAGCGAGACCGAGACUCUCUCAGCGCCACGCUCGGCGGUACUGUCUAUAGUUCUCUGAGUUACAGAUGAAAAAGAUGGGAACAACUUAACCCUUGUUACAGUGAAUCAGAAAAGCACGCUUAUAUCUAACGCUCCUGUAGUAGGUGUCCCAUUGAAAAAAGUGUUCUUUGUUCUGCUGUUUAGUUGCUUUAAUAAAGUUUUUAUUUUGUA